ACUAUAACACGAUGUAGACCACGGUAUGCAAGGCGCGGUGGCUUCGAGAAUAGAACAGAGAUUUGUUCAGAGCGACUUUGUACCACAAAUACCGUGUUAAUACUUUCAACGACUUUGAAAUGCUUUCCUUAAUGCCAAAACAAAAUGACUUAAUUUCGUAGUGGUGUAAAUGUGCAGUAAAAUAGGCGUAUAGAUGUUUAUUUUUUCUCCAUUUUUAUCAGCCCUCAGACUGCAGCUCAUGCCCAAGAGGAACCGGUGUGGGAACAUAUGGAAUGCCAUGAAAGCCUAAGAAGCGUAACGUUGCUUUAUGAAUAUCAUUACCUUACAUGGAUGCAAGAAAAUUAUCUCCUUUUGAAAAAUAUAGCAGCAAGCCUGCUGGAAAACCUUUUCGUCUGACAUCGUCUAUUGCAAUCAGUGGGGCUGUCAUCAUCAUUGCCGGCCAAAUUCAUCAAAAAUUCGUAUAUCAAGCUAUAAGUAGCCGAUAAUUCAAGCAAGGUGGUUUACCAUAAUGAUUUCCGGAAAAAUCAACUGUGUACUUAUCCCCGAGUAUUUUAUUCCAUUGCUCUAUUAGCGAUUAUUUAUCACACUGCAGGUAGGGCACCAUUUUUUUUCAAAAAUGUUAUAUUUUUUACAGAAAAGUCGUGAAAAGACAGUAAAAGGAUGUCACAACGAUUGUAAUUACGACUAUUAGUCGAUUCUGUAUUAAUCACUGCGAAUUUGCGCAACUUUGUUACCAGCCUAUCACUGUUGACGACAUAUCUUCCGGGUUUCCACUGAUAGUAAGUACUUGUUGCUACGGUCCUUUUUCUCUAUCGGUCGUUUCGAUUCAACCGCAUCAAUGACGACGCUCAUCGUGCGACAACGAGUAUGCAUGCGUUACGUCGAUCAGCGUUGUACCAGUAGCUAUCCCAAUGAAGCAGUACCAACAAUAAACGGAGGGGCCAAAAGCAGACGGACGCUUUGAACAGCUUGGCACCGCGGACUACAGUUGCGCGGUGACUGACCGGCAAAGUUAUUGGCGCUAACGACGACUUGGUUCCGUCCGUGAUCGUGAGCAGCGGUACGCCGAUGUUUAGCCGAACGGCCACAAACACAUUCUCUCUUUGCGGGUAGCAACUAACACGGUAGACACUGACACUGACGGUCGCUGACGCACAGCAACCACAUAUCAUUGCCCCAUCAAGUAGCCACUGCUCCAAUAAUGUGCAAGUGAGUUUUCCGUUCAGUUGUGGGGAGGACGCUGUUCGGCGGUAGUUUUUACUAUCUUGAGCAUGCUUAGAUUGACAGGUGUUGCAGCCAACACCUGCAUUUAGUGUUGUCACAUAAAAUUGGUAGAUAGAAGUGUGAUCAAAACGCCAAGCAAAGCAAUAGUCCAUAGGAAGCUAACUGUCUGAAAACAAACAACUGUGUAUCAGCUGUACUUCAAUAGAAGGUGGUGGGUUAUAAAGAUUGUGCGAGUGUUUAUCUAAAAUGAACGCGUGAAGUCCUGAGUUUGGCACUAUCUUCGCUAGCAUUACUACGGACGGCUGAUGACUUCUUCCGGUACGAAACGAGCCAUCUAUGUCCACUUCGCACCAGACCAUUCAAUCAUGCAUCCUCAAGUCUCGAAGGCAAACCUGUUGUCACUGCGCCAUCUCGUAUCUACGAGAGUUCCCAUCCAUUUCAUAGUCUGCGUCUGCUAGAGAUGUUCAUUGUUGAGGAACGCUCAAGUGAAUCUGUAACACUAAUUCGGUUCUAUUUAAGUUUGCCAUUUGUUGUGCAACCCAUUAGGAAAGAAGGAGACACGAGAAGUGCUUGCCCUUACCUGCUGGUACUCCUGCCCCCAUAGUGAAUGUUGUACGGGUAGAGUCUAGGGGCUUAGGCAAGAACGAAGAUAGCAGAAAGAAGUUAAUCUGGCUUUUUCUACUACUGCUAAGCUUUCUUCUUCUGCAAACCGUAACAAAAAAUGUUUAUCGAUGUGCGCGCGGGCAGUUUUGGCUUAACUGUAUCCACAUUGUGGUUUGUGAACGUUCUUGCUUUUGUAAAUAUAUACCUGAUUUCCAUAAGUUGUGAUAAUUCAGUGGCAAAUACUCUAACUUAAAAUGCUGCUGAUAUACAUAUAGGUUUUUACAUAUAUAUCACACUGGACAGUACAACUAGGCUAAUGUGGCCGUGACUCGCACCCAUCGAAUCGAGAGCUGAAUUCGUGAUCACUAGCAAGUAGGGCCUGCGUGAGUCCAAGUCUCACGAGCCGUGCGAAUCUCUAGCAGCGACAACUGUGUGAACAGAAGUAAUGGAACUAGCCAGAGAUAGGCACUGCACUGAGUGAGAAGACGCAGGUCUCCGCUUCCAGAGAUUGCCCUCGGUAACCACUCCACAGCCUGCUAAAUGCUGAAUAAAUAAGGCGAUUUUGGGCACUGUCCUGCUUAGUAAUGGGCAAGAGCUUGGUCCGGCAGCGCUAAAGUGGUGGUCCACACUCCUGAUCAGAUAUUGUACUUCAACUCAACGCCACUCGGUUUGUAUACAAAGACAAUGAGUAACAACAGCUCAACACGAUCGCAUUUGUGCUAUCCUUAACGUAUCUGGACAAACGGCUUAGUCACAUAAUGAUAUACGUAGACGACGACGAUGAAGAUGAAAGGCUGCUCGGGCUGCUAUCGGAGCCCCAAAACGACGAAAAUGAUCAGCCAGUGACUACUGCGGCAAACGCAACAGACAACAGACGCGGCAAUAAAGCUCGGAAUCUGAUUGCCUUCUGGCUCCUGGGACUAUGCAAUAAUUACGCCUAUGUCGUUAUGCUUUCGGCCGCCGUUGACAUUAUUGACAAAUUCAACAAUCAUAAUGAAACAGUCGUUCCAGUUUGCACUCCUCAAUCAGCUGGCGCAAUUCUUCUGGCUGACAUUUUUCCGGCGUUGCUAAUUAAGUUAUGCGGCCCGUUUAUCAAUGCGAAUACGCAUUUACUUGUCGCCAUCGUGACCCUGAUGUCGGCUGGAAGUUUCAUUCUGACAUCAUUAUCGCCAGCAAAAUGGCUCGCAUUUGUAGGCGUUGUAGCAGCAUCCCUUAGUAGUGGACUUGGAGAAAUCACAUUCCUAAAGUAUUCAUCGCAUUACCACAAAAACAUUGUAUCGGCCUGGUCUUCAGGCACCGGUGGUGCAGGUGUCCUAGGUGCCACUCUGUAUUGCGGAAUCACGUUCGUUCUUUCACCAGAAGCGACCUUGCUUGUCAUGCUUAUUAUCCCUAUUCUACUUGCAAUAUCCUUUUGGAUUAUCCUUGAGCACCCUCGCCAGUCGAUCGAAUCAGGCAACCCCUUAGGUAUCUAUUCUGCUGCCAGCGGCACUGGCUGUUGCGGAUCCCGUGCGGCGCCUCGAGGACCUACGUUUUCGUUGGCCCAAAAAAUAAACCUAAUCAAGCCACUGCUCAAGUAUAUGAUCCCACUUGGGCUCGUCUACUUUGCGGAGUACUUUAUCAAUCAGGGUUUGACGGAGCUGAUCACGUUCGAGAAUAGCUUAACCCUAAAGAGUCAAUACCGGUUGUACCAAGUAUGCUAUCAGGUGGGCGUACUGAUUUCUCGCUCAUCAGUGAACGUGUAUCAGAUUAACAAACUGUGGGUGCUACCAAUUCUACAACUUAUUAAUGUUGUCCUAUUUACGUGCGAGGCCAUCUAUCGUUUCGUACCUUCGAUCAUCAUCGUGGCCAUCUUCAUUGUGAUUGAGGGUCUGUUCGGUGGGGCCAGCUACGUCAACACGUUUUUUAAAGUUUCACAAGAGAUUGCUCCAGAGGCCCGCGAAUUUUCAAUGGGGGUGACCUCGCUGUCCGAUUCACUGGGUAUCACCCUCGCAGCAUUCAUCGCGAUUAAGGCGCACAACCUUAUUUGUGAUUAUAGGAACUCAUAUUGAAACGAAGCUGUGAAAAGGUUAUUGCCGCAUUAACGACUGCAAAGCACCAAUACCUUAAAGUGCAUCAACGUCUAUGAUAUGCGAGCGAUGCUCAGUUGCUAUAGAUAAUUUGUCCCUAGGAUAACGUAUUUGCCUGCUAACCUUAGGGGUACGUUGUGGCAUAGGUUCGAACGCAGACAUAUGCAGACUUCGUUUUGUGAUGGCGGGGAGCCAGCUGUCUGUCUUAUGGAGGAACCAUGCUUAACGACGAUACCGGAAGUAAAACGUCGAGACGUAGAUAAUGUAAAAUAAGGACAUUUUAAGGACGUAAUGCAUUUCUUGAUUAGAUCAAAUACUCAGAUCGAAUCGCAUUGGCAGUUAAAAGUUUCAACACCAUUGAAAAACCCGACGAUCUGCUAGCAAUGUUUUGCUUUGUAUAUUGACAAGUAUGCUGAUACGUUAAUCCUGAAGCUGCUAAAAAUUCAUUAUCAAUCCUUGUGUUUGUGCAAUUGGAGCGGCUUCAUGCCUUAGGGAGGAAAGCCGUAGCUACGUAAACGGUCCAACAGUUUGGCGCCGCAUCACAUAUUCACGAAAAUUGCCUCACAAUCUAACCAUGCACAUCGAAUAUGUCGACUUUCUUAUAUAUAAAGAUCGCGGUAAACGAAGAACUUUCUUACUGAGUCGCGUUUGACCCGAUCAGAUUUAAGUGAUAUCAGGGCGACAGGUAAAGGGCCGUGACUGACGAAGGUAUUCGUGCUCGAGCUCGUCUUAAUAUCAUCGGUGAUUUCACUUAAAAAUGUUUACUUUUUUCUAAGCAACUACGUAUAAUAAAUAUUUUCAGUUAGUUUA